CAAUAAAUUGCACAUAAUUAUUUUGGGUUUUAUGAUGUGUGACGUGGACAUGGGUAGGUGUUUUUCUUCUCCAAACGGACAUGAUAAAAGCACACUGCUUCUUGCGCUGGCCUACUUUACUUCAUAAAGAGGAGAUGCUGUCAGCACGUCCAUCAGCCCCGCAACUACAAGAAAUGCAAUAUAACAGGGACCCAGACACUGUUGUGACCAUAGUCAACCCUGUGGAGCAUCCCAGAGACUAUGUGGUAUGGUCCAUCUGCAGCUUCUUCCACUUAAACCCCUUUUGCCUCGGACUGUUGGCGCUGAUCUUCUCAUUCAAGGCAAGAGACAUGAAGGUGACUGGAGACCUGCAGAGAGCCAGGGAAUACGGCAAUUGUGCUCUGGGCUUCAACGUGGCCGCGCUGAUCAUUCUUAUUUUGACUAUCUUGAUUCUUGUAAUUGUUUUUGGAAUUAUACCCUUUUCCAGAUACCUGUUUAAUUCUUAUUGAAUUAU